AUGUCAGGAAUUGCAGCCAAAGUAGCCAAGGACAGAGAAGCGGCGCAAGGGCUCGGUACCCACCAGAAGGCCAUCAAGUACCUCAACCAGGACUAUGAAUCUCUGAAGAGCGACUGCCUGCAGUCGGGGAAGCUCUUCCAAGAUCCCUCUUUUCCUGCCAUCACCUCUUCCCUGGGAUUCAAGGAACUGGGACCGAACUCCAGCAAAACUCAAGGCAUCGUCUGGAAGAGACCGGCGGAGAUUUGUUCCAAUCCCCAGUUUAUCGUUGGAGGCGCUACCCGCACAGACAUCUGCCAAGGGGCCCUGGGUGACUGCUGGCUGCUGGCAGCUAUUGCCUCCCUCACCCUAAACGAAGAAGUCUUAAGUCGGGUGGUCCCCGAGAAUCAGAGUUUCCAAGACAACUACGCUGGGAUCUUCCACUUUCAGUUCUGGCAGUAUGGAGAGUGGGUGGAAGUGGUUGUGGACGACCGGCUGCCGACCAAGAAUGGGGAGCUGCUGUUUGUGCAUUCGGCUGAGGGGAGCGAGUUCUGGAGCGCCUUGCUGGAGAAGGCCUAUGCCAAGGUCAACGGCUGCUACGAAGCUCUGUCCGGGGGUGCCACCACAGAAGGCUUUGAGGACUUCACGGGUGGGAUUGCGGAGUGGUAUGAGUUGAAGAAAGCCCCAGACAACCUGUUCAAGAUCAUCCAGAAGGCUCUGCAGAAAGGGUCCCUCCUCGGCUGCUCCAUUGAUAUUACAAGUGCUUCAGAGACAGAGGCAGUUACAUUCCAGAAGUUGGUGAAAGGACAUGCAUAUUCUGUCACAGGAGCAGAAGAGGUGAGCUGCAGAGGGAGCAUGGAGAAGCUGAUCCGCAUCCGGAACCCCUGGGGGGAAGUGGAGUGGACCGGGAAGUGGAAUGACAACUGCCCAAACUGGAAUAGCAUCAACCCUGAAGUGAAGGAGAGGCUGACUCGGCGACAUGAAGAUGGAGAAUUCUGGAUGUCAUUCAGGGACUUCUUGAGGCACUAUUCCCGCUUGGAGAUCUGCAACCUGACUCCUGACACUCUAACCAGCGAGACCUUCAAGAAGUGGAGCCUUUCAAAGCUGGAUGGGAACUGGAGGCGGGGUUCCACUGCCGGGGGCUGCAGAAACUAUCCGAACACUUUCUGGAUGAACCCUCAGUACCUGAUCAAGCUGGAGGAAGAGGAUGAAGAUCCUGAGGACGUGGAGAAGGGAUGCACUUUCCUAGUGGGCCUCAUCCAGAAGCACCGACGGCGGCAGAGGAAGAUGGGACAGGACAUGCACACCAUCGGCUUCAGCAUCUAUGAGGUUCCUAAGCAGUUUUCCGGGCAGACUAACAUUCACCUCAACAAAAACUUCUUCUUGACGAAUAAAGCGAGAGAACGGUCGGACACUUUCAUCAACCUCCGUGAGGUGCUCAACCGCUUCAAGCUGCCGCCGGGAGAAUACAUUAUUGUCCCAUCCACUUUCGAACCCAACAAGGAUGGAGACUUCUGCCUUCGGGUCUUCUCUGAAAAGAAUGCCAACUCCCAGAUUGUCGAUGAUGAAAUUGAAGCCAACCUUGAAGAGAAUGAUGUUGAUGAAGACAGCAUCGACGCAGGCUUCAAGAGACUGUUUGGGCAACUGGCGGGAGAGGAUGCGGAGAUCUCUGCCUUUGAGCUGCAGACCAUCCUGAAAAAAGUCCUAGCCAAGCGUCAAGACAUCAAGUCCAAUGGCUUCAGCAUUGAAACUUGUAAAAUCAUGGUUGAUCUGCUAGACACUGAUGGGAGUGGCAAACUGGGUCUGAAGGAGUUCUUCAUUCUCUGGACAAAAAUUCAGAAUUAUCAGAAAAUUUACCGGGAAAUAGAUGCUGAUAACUCAGGAACCAUGAAUGCCUAUGAGAUGCGGAAAGCAUUAGAAGAAGCAGGCUACAAGCUACCCCGCCAGCUCCAUCAAGUCAUCAUUGCGCGAUUUGCAGACGACCAGCUCAUCAUAGAUUUUGAUAACUUCGUUCGGUGUUUGGUUCGCCUGGAAACUUUGUUCAAAGUAUUUAAGCAGCUGGACACCCAGAAAACAGGAACAAUAGAGCUGAAUCUUAUCACUUGGCUGUGUUUUUCAGUCCUUUGAAUAAUUACCUGACUGCCACCAAAGGAUUCUCUCAAUCAUCUAUGGAUGAAUAUUUCACACUGAAGCUGCACCCUACUUUUGAUAUGUACUGUGACUAAGAAUAGCAACUGCCUAACCUGAAGACUAGAGCUUGGAAGAACCCUGUUUUCUUAGCCCCUGACAGAUCACAAAUUCCCAGAUACCAGAAACAGACUUGCAAUCUCACUACCUGCAAAAACUGAAGAGCUUUGCCUUAGUAACCUUUAUAAAAACAUUAACUGUGUAAAUAGGUCAUCAGAUUUACUUCCGAUACACUUGCUUCUUGUGAACAAAUUUAAUCAGAAAAAAUACAGGGAGAUAUUUAAUAGCUAUGCAAACAUGAGAUCUUUUCCAAAGAAACAAGGGGCUCACUGUGCAUUAAAUGGAGGUUUGCAAAUAUCGUGGCGGCGCUUCCCAAAAGGUGGCUAAAAAAGUCCACCUUGUUUAAAGUGGUCACAACAGAAAGAUAAAACGCUGGCUGGCCCAAGCUUUUCAAGUUUCAGGUGAGAAAUCUUUCAACCUAUUUAGACUAAGUUACUAAUAAGCAAUACUGCAAAAAGUAAAUCAUCCAUUAGACUGUAAACCCCUCAGGGGCAGAGACUUUUACUUCUGCCUGAUGCUGCCAAGCACUCAGUAGAGUGCUCUACACCAACAAGGUGUCUCAAAUAUUGUUGAUAAUAAAGACUUCAAGGACUCAAACACUAUGAGUGUGACUCAGGUGUGUUGAGGUAAGAUUUCCUAGCUUUACCAUUGAAUUAAUGUAAACAGUACCUUAAAAAAUAGCCUUGUUGCCUUAUUUUAUUCCAAAUAAAAAUUUAAAUAAAGUGUA